AGCCGUGUCCUGUUAACAACAUGAAAUCACAAAGACUGGAAAAUGUACGAAGAGAGUUGGUGAAGAAAAUAGUGGCCGAGUGCAAGGAACGCGAAGUAGAGACGGCCAAGGAUAUCGUUUCUUUCCUACUGUCUUUACUUCAAUUAAAUCCCGCGUAUGAAGUUAAACCGGACGAUGAGGAGAGCAAUGAAAAAAUUGUUAAGGCCGUGACUGAUAAAAUAUGCGAUCAAGAUAAGCCGAGUUUAACGGUGUUGAAAAGUCAAUUAUAUUUUGCCAAACACUAUCAUGGCACGGCUGAAACUGUUAAGCGGCAUAGAUUACGUUUGCAUAUGAAAACUGGACCGAUGGUAGCAGAAAUCUGUCAAACCGAAAAAAUUGCCAAUCUGCAGGAGGCUGAGAAGUUAUAUCAAAAGAUGUUAGUGGUCAUUACGAUCCUAAGCGGUCUCGGAAAUCCCACUGUACCUUCCGUACUCCGGGAGGUUUCAGUAGCGUUGCAAAGCGUUUUUCAGCCCUCGGAAUUGGAGCAAUACGUGAAAAUGUCUAAACGCGAGAAAGAGGAACAGCUGAUGGAAUUAAUGUGCAUAGUCGCGGGGAUACGUUUGUUUAACAGAGAUUGCCAACGCGGUGGCGAAGGCAUCGAUGAUCUGCCGGGUAUUUUGCAAAAGGCCGUGAAAAGAACUCACGAAACUAUCAUGGGAUUUCUGACACAGUUAAUGACCAAGAUAUACGGUUUUACUGCAGCCGUGGAAAAGAUAAGUUACUUGAGGGAGAUAAUACCGUUCGGUGUCUUCACUGUUGAAAAUGUGAACUGGGCAAUUGAAAUGCUGACGGCAUGCCGGCAACAGGAGAUCUACGUCAGGAAGCUGUUGAACGAUGCCGAGUGCAGCGAUAAACAAAUACAAAGUCUGAUGGAACGUCUUCAGGGACGUCUGUUCAAACUUCACGACACCGUCAGAUACAGAAUUGCCAUUCCUACUGUCCAAGUAUACCCCCAAUUCAUCGAUCUAGCCGAUAUCUGGAUGGGACUCCAAGACGAAGUGGUUACGCUGAGCAGUAUUAAUAACUUCCUUUGGAAACUGGAAGGCCUAGGCGCGAGGCAUCUGGAGGUGUACAACGAAACGAUAUUAAAUGAUAUGGUGGCUACUGAGAAGGUUCUUACGGAUGCGGAGAGAUUAGAACGGUCGAUGGGAGAAACAAUAACCGAAUGCGGAGAAUGCAUGAUGUAUUAUCCCAACGAAACGAAGGACUUUGAGAAUAUAAAUUUAGAAUUUUUAGGAUUUUGCGCGUGGAGUUUCGUCGUUGGGAGGGGUGCGCUGAUUCCGGGAAAUCCGAACAACGGUGUCGCUAAAUGGAAGGGAAAAUAUUACGUGUUCAGCUCUCGGAUGGCAUCCGAACAAUUUGGCCAAGAUCCUGACAGGUACAUUUAUGAUGCGUUCGACUUCAUACGGAAUCACAUCGAAUACGUGUACUUGUUUCAAGUGCGAGACGACGUACAGGCCUUACAAGCGCAGGAGGUGCUGUCGGAAGAGGGGCCUCAGUUGAAAACGUGCCAACAUCAAACGGUUCAAACGGAUUUGCAUAUACUUCCACCGGUGAUCGAUCAGAAUUAUUCUUCGAACAUGUGGGAACUGAGGAGUAAAGCGUUACACUUGGCAAGCAUAAGCAGAUGCGUAACACGCAGCACACAAACGUACAAGUCCAAUUUCAGAUAUGGUGUUUACGUACAAGUUGCUCCGCCCCGGGAUAAAGAAGUUCAAACGAGAAGAGAUAAUUACAUGAACACAAAGAAGCUGUUAACGUAUAUAUUUGGCUUACGGGGAAGACGCGACGAUAAUCAACACGUGUUAUCUUUCUUAGAAGACGAGCUCGAGCAUUUGUAA